AAGCAUUCCCCUUCUCUUCUUCGUCCUUUUUCCUCAGGUAAAAUGGCAGACCCGAAACCCGAGCCUUCCUCUUCAAUGCCCGACCCGCCACCUUGCUCCAGACCCACCUCGCACCAUCUCACCAUCCCUGCCGGGUUAACCCACGAAGAGUUCUCCGAGUUGAUCGCUUCCAUCACUCAGUUCCACACCUACUCAGUUGGCCCGGGUCAAUGUUCUUCCUUAUUGACCCAACGUAUUAAUACCGCUCGCGACGUCGUCUGGUCCGUCGUCCGACGCUUCGACAAACCCCAGACUUACAAACACUUCAUCAAGAGCUGUUCCGUCAAAGAAGGUUUCCAAAUGGCCGUGGGUUGCACGCGUGACGUCACCGUUAUAUCCGGGUUGCCGGCUUCCACCAGCACGGAGAGACUCGAUGUUUUGGACGACGAGAGACAGGUAACCGGAUUCAGCGUCUUCGGAGGCGAGCACCGGUUGCGUAAUUACCGGUCGGUGACGACGGUGCAUGGUUUCGAGCGUGAAGGGAGGAUCUGGACCGUCGUUUUGGAAUCCUACGUCGUCGAUAUUCCGGAAGGAAAUUCCGAGGAAGACACACGACUGUUCGCCGAUACAGUCGUCAAGCUGAACUUGCAGCAGCUGGCCUCCGUCACCGAAGCUUUAGCGCGUGAUGCUGCCGACGGUAAUAACAAACCACAGGUGAUGUGAAAAAAU